GAUAUACCCAAAUUGCUAGACACAUGUUAUCGACGAAGACUGUGUGAAUAGCUAAUGCAAAACUCCUAAAAUUUUUCUAGGCCUAGAUAUAGAUUUCCAUAAAGUGUAACGUGCAUACUGAUUUUAAAUAUUUGCAUGCAGUAAGGUUACACGUCUUCACACAGAAAGACUUUAUUUAUCCUUCGGAAUGGACUUGGAAAAUUUUUGUAAACAUCUGCCAAAAGUGGAACUUCAUGCUCAUUUGAAUGGUUCCUUGAGUCCUGAUACAUUGAAGAAACUAUACAAGAUGCAAAAUCCUAGUUCUGAUAACUGUGAGAAUAUAGUCAUGAGCACUGAAAAAUAUUCAUCAUUAGGCGAGUGUUUCAAAGUGUUCGAUAUUGCACACUCAUUGACAGUAACACCAGAAGCAGUUUAUCAAUCUGCUUAUGAUGUGAUUAAAGAAUUUAAGGAAGAUAAUGUGAUAUAUUUGGAACUUAGAAGCACUCCUCGUGCAAUUAGCGGACAAAUGACAAAACGAGAAUACAUAGAAGCUAUUGUAAGAGCAUUUGUGGUCUGCAAGGCAGAUUUUCCAGAUAUUAUUGUAAAAUUGCUAAUAUCUAUUAAUCGUAAACAAGGAUAUAAAGCUGCUGAGGAGAACAUAAAAUUAGCGAUAGAUUACUUUGGAAGAUAUCCACAGUAUGUAGUAGGUCUAGAUCUCAGUGGAGAUCCAAUGGUUGGAGAUGCAUUUUUAGAAUUAUUAAAGAAAGCAAGAAGUGCUGGUCUCAAAAUUGCAGCCCACUGUGCAGAGAUUUCAAAUGAAAUGGAAACACGUGAUAUUCUUAAGUUCAAACCAGACAGACUAGGUCAUUGUACUUGCAUUCAUCCUAAUCUACAAGGAUCAGAUAAAUUAUUUUACACACUUAUCAAUUCAAAAAUUCCUGUGGAAUUGUGUCUAACAUCAAAUGUCCAGUGCAAGACAGUACCUUCUUAUGAAUCACAUCAGUUUAAAUAUUUGUAUGAAGCUGGUCAUCCUAUUUGCCUUGGUACUGACGACAAGGGUGUUUUUCAUACAUCUUUGUCGAAGGAAUAUGAGAUAGCUAGUUCGACGUUUGGUUUAGGGUGGGAGGAACUCAUGAAAUUGUGUGCGUCAUCUGUGGAAUACGCU